AAGACCAGGCGGAACCGACUGGGAUCCGAAAAGAACUGGCGAGGGCCACCGAACAGGACAGGGGUCCUGCCCGGGGUCAAGUUGUGAGGCCGAGACAGGGGUCCAGCUGAAGAGGUAACGGAAAAUAAACUGUCCCGGUUCCUUCUGCUGGGGUCCCAAGCCUGGGAGAUCGAGAGGCGUACCCAACUCGGACACGGGACUCGGGACUGAGAGGUGGACACAGAAGAGAAACGGGACCGGGGUCGGGACACGUGCGCUUGGCGUCAGCGACACGGACGCAGAGCAGCGACAGGUACCAGGGGAACCGGCAACCGAGGGUACAUCAGGGGCUGCAGUCUGACGACACGCGAGACGCGGAGUGGAUCCACACCGAACCGAGUCUCGGCAGGUUGGUGCGGGGCCUCCGCUCUGACCGCCACGGACAGCCCGCCGUAGCCGCGGCCUGGAGUGAGGAAGCGCGGCUGCUCCUGGACAGCCUGGGGUCACCGCGCUCCGGGAGGGGACCAGGAGAGAUGCCCUACGCCCAGAGACUCCCUCUCUCCCGGGCCCAGCUGCUCACGGCUCGCUGCCCCCUCGCCCGCUGGACACAGCAACGAAGCCUAAGAGGCUUGCAGCCAUGCGUGCGCCGGCACGCCAGGCAAGGGAGCGGGGCGGAGACCACACCCGACGACGGGCGACCACAUCCGGCGACUGGCGACGGCGCCAAGCAAGCGCGGCCGCGGCGGAAGGGCACGACCGCGGACGAAGCCCCGCCUCCUGCACGUGACUUCCGGCGGGCCUCCGCCUUUGGCGCACGCGCACCGCCCGGUGCACGCGGCCGUCUGCGCGCGCGCGCGCGUGUGUGUUGUCAUUGACGCAUGCGCGCUGACGUCGAGCUGGGCGGGUGGCCCGUGGUGCCGCCCAGUAGCAUCUCGAGAUUCGGCUCCCCGACCCUGGCGCGCAGUGAGGGGAGGGAGCACCUGCAAGAUUCGCAGGCGCGUUCCGGAAGGUUGCUGUGAAAGGGGCUCCCGGAGAGGGGCUGGAAACGUCUGGGUUUGCAGGCCCACCUGGUGCACAACUUGGAGCACGUUUUGUAAGAAGCAUCAGGUCCAUGCUGCUGCUGGCUCGGGCACCCAAAGCUUGGCACAGGCUCUUUCAGCUCCAGCCUCUGGCCCUCCUUGGGACUCCAGGAGGCAAGACCCAGCAUGUGAGAUACCAGCUCUUCUCAACGCCAGGCCCUGCAGAGACAGGCAGGCAGGGCCAGCCCCAGGGUCCUGGCCUGCGAACCAGGUUACUCAUCACAGCCUUGGUUGGGGCGGGACUGGGUGGGGCCUGGCUGGCCAUGAGGGCUGAAAAGGAGCGGUGGCGGCAGCAGCAGCGGACAGAGGCCCUGCGGCAGGCUGCUGUGGGCCAGGGCGAUUUCAGCCUGCUGGACCACCGGGGCCAAGCGCGCUGCAAAGCUGACUUCCGGGGCCAGUGGGUGCUGCUGUACUUCGGCUUCACUCACUGCCCUGACAUCUGCCCCGACGAGCUGGAGAAGUUGGUGCAGGUGGUGCGGCAGCUGGAGGCGGAGCCCGGCCUGCCCCCGGUGCAGCCCCUCUUCAUCACCGUGGACCCCGAGCGGGACACCGUGGCCGCCAUGGCCCGCUACGUGCAGGACUUCCACCCGAGGCUGCUGGGCCUGACUGGCUCCGCCGAGCAGAUCGCCCAGGUGAGCCGUAGCUACCGCGUGUACUACAGCGCCGGCCCCAAGGACGAAGACCAGGACUACAUCGUGGACCACUCCAUCGCCAUCUACCUGCUCAGCCCUGACGGCCUCUUCACGGACUACUACAGCAGGGCCAGGUCGGCCGAGCAGAUCACCGACAGCGUGCGGCACCACAUGGCUGCCUUCCGCAGCGUCCUGCGCUGAGCUGGGUCAUUAAAGGGCUGUGACGGA